AUGCAGCAAGGUAAACUAGAAAUGGACAAUGUGAGUCCUAAAUGGGAAUGGAGGAUUGGAGUUGAAGGAAUCGAUUGCACUAGUUUUUUUGUUCUUCUUCGAAAAUGGGAGAAUGAGUUUUUCUCACCACCCAUAUCGCAUCUUAUGCAGAAUUUUCAAUAUUCGGUAUCCUCAAUGCAACCUAUCGGCUCGGCAAUCAAACAUAUCCCAAAGCCCGUAACCGAACCAGGAGGGGUUGCAUUUGCAGAACGCAUGAGCCUUGCGGUUAUGCACAUGAAAUGA